CCGUGCCAUAAACACUGUUCAGCUACAGUUAUAGUUACAGGAGACCAGCAGCAGCCAUCCAGCCAGCCAGCCAGCCAGCCAGCAGCUCGACGACGACAUUAAUCGCAUCGUGUGACAGACUCCAGAGUCCAAGAAUCGCGCGCGCUCUUCUCCGCUCGUUUCUUCUUCUGCCACACACUGAUUACAGUUAUCCGUUUCGCGCUUUAUCGCUUGCCCACUUUGGUGCUUUUUGUUUGCAUAUUUAUGUUGAUUUAAACCCCAUCCGUUACGGUGUGCAGGAUCCAGCGGGGAUCAUCGACGUGUGCUGCGGCUGCCUAAAACUCAAAAGACAAAAGUGAACUUCAAAUCAAUUUUUGGAAAGCUUUUAACUCGCAAACCGCAGUGACUGCAUACCGAAUCAGUGCAGCCAUCAUCAAGUGAGUGAGUUAGCUCUUCUCUAUUCCAUUUCGAGGUUGAACAGGGUGUACUAAAGAGCACUCGAAUGAGUAACAGCGCAAUGGUGGCGGUGGCCAUCUGCUGCAUUCUCGUACUGCUGGCGGUGUUCAUUGUGAUCAUCAUUGUGGUUGGGCAGACCAUCGAGGAGCCCAAAUGAGACAUGCUCCAGCUGGGACCUGGCAACUUCCCAGAUGGAUAACAGAGGCCCCCCAAUUGUUAGUCAAUCAGCAUCGCCAUUUAGCAUCGUCAUCAGUAUCAUCAUCCGGAUAAAACAGAGCAACAGGAAAUGGCAACAGAAGGAGAUCAAGAGGAGGUGCAAGAGAAGGAGAAGGAAAUGCGUCCCAUCGUCAGUAUCCAUUGGCUGUGAUGUGAAAUUUUUAGAAUAUGUGAAGCAAAAAUCAAUCGAGAAAUCAACCAAAAUACCAAAAAAAGAUCACGCAUCGUUAAAUACUCUAUCCCCGACUCAUGUUAUAGUAAAAUGUUUCUGUGUGUAAAAUAAAUGUAUAUACGAGCAAGAGCUAUAACUAUACACAUAAACACACAAAAUAUAUAAAGAUAACUAAACGAUAGAAAUAUAUA